AUGGUUGGCCGCAGGACCCUCCUCGGGCUGCUCAUUUUAUUGGCGCUCCUUGAGGAUGUGCGGGCGGAGUCCGAUACACCAAGUAUACUCUCUUUCUCUGUUGGAAAUGCGGCCAGCUUGGAACUUCAGACAGAGAACAGCGAUGGCAAAUGGUUCCUUGUCGUCGGAACCGCUCAAGAUUAUGAGAUGAAAGACCAAAGAAGAUACAGGUUUCUUGUACAAGCAGCAAACACGAGAUAUGAUGUUGAUAUUACCGUUGAAAAUGAGGACGACGAAUUUCCAUUCUUCGAUUUGUUGGACUCAACACCGUGCCAAGUCUCCGAAACCCACAUUGGUCCAACGCACUGCCAGCUCGUAGUUCAAGACCGAGAUGGAAUUAUGGAUGGAAUGAAAUUCACGGUGAAGGAAAUGGAUGAAGUAUCGAAAGAUAUUGAACUGGUGAAGGCUGAAGGACAAACAUGUGAAACUCUACUAGAGAACUGUGUUGAUGUUGUACUGAGAAUAAAAGGGGAACUUGAAUUUAUUAAGAAGCCAGUUCAUUCGUUACUCCUUGAAGUAGAGGACAAAGGAGGCCACACUGGAUAUAUGAGCUACAUCGUGCAAGUGAAAGCAGAGAAUAAGGAAAUACCUGAAGUGAGACCAGACAAAUUAACGGCUGAAAUUAAUGAGGAGUAUUCGGGCGUCAUUGACUUCACAGACACGACUAUAACAGUUUCAGACAGAGACAGUGUCGAAUACGGACAAUUCUACAUUACAUUGGAAGGCACAGGAACAGAUGAAUUCUGUUACGAAGCGUUCGAUGUGAUUCCAAGAGAGGGAUACAGAGCAACAGAUGUGAAACUCUCCGUGAUUAAUCCAGAGCGUCUCGACUACGACAAGGGAAACUGCAAUGAUAUAACUCUCAGGAUCAAGGCAACUGAAAUUAAUGACAGCACCCGCUCUGGAGAAGCAGAAGUAAACAUAAAACUGAAAGACGUCAAUGAUGAAGCUCCAGUUUUCGUGAGAGAAAUAUUCUCCUUUGAUGUCGAUGAGAAUGCAGAAAUAGGAACAUAUUUAGGGGAUGUGAACGCUAAGGAUCUGGACGCCUUCGACAGCAUAACUUAUAGCCUGACAAGCGAAAGUUACCUGAGAAUUGACCCUCAGAACGGAGGCGUAACAGUGAAUACAGAAUUCAACUAUGAGAGGCAGCCCCAAGUGUUUGUAACAGUGAAAGCGGAGGACACAAAUGCACCUCCACACACUGCUUACGCCCAGAUUACUGUGAACAUCCAGGACUUGAACGACGAGAGGCCUGAGCUCUAUAUGCCAUCAAGCCCAACGGACAUCGAUGAGAAUACUCCCAUCGGUGAAGAGCUGCUUGUGAACAUCAAUGCUAGGGAUGCGGACGGCAAUCCAGAGUUAUCAUUUGGAAUUGACUGGGAGACGUCCAGAGCUGCAAAACAAGGAGUGCCGCAGGAAAAAUAUGUUUUCAUAGAAUGUAUCACAAUCGACACCAAUGAAGAGCUUGGUAACAGUAAAAGUGCAAAAGCAGUGCUGAGAGUGGCCAAGGAAUUGGACUGGGAGGCCUUCGACACUUUGUACUUGACUAUAACAGUAGAGGACAGAAACACAGGCAAAGAAUACCAAGACUUACGGUCUUCAAGCGCAACGCUGACCAUAACAAUCAACGACUUAAACGACAAUCCACCAGAGUUCUCACGUAUUGAUAAACUGAGUUUCAAAGAAAAUUCGGAAGAAGACGAACUUGUUGGAAUCAUUAUCGCCACAGAUCCGGACGGAAAAGGAAACAAUGAAGUCAGAUACUAUUUACAAGACGACCUUUAUGAAGAGGAAUAUGUUACCAUCAAUCCCACUUCGGGUGAACUUCGAACAGGAAAAGACAAAAUCGACUUCGAACAAAUCCAGGAAAUAAGCUACAGUGUGAUUGCAAGUGACGGUGAGAACUCAGCACUGAUGCAUAUCACGAUUGAGGUAGAGGAUGUUAACGACGAGAGCCCUAAAUUCAUCGGUGAUUACAGCACGCCCAUUCGUCUAAAAGAAAACACAGAUGAACGGAGGGGCCUCUUAUUCAUGGAAGCCAGUGAUGAUGAUGCAAGUCCUAAAUUCAACACACUUCGAUUCGAGCUGGAAGAGCUGUACAGAGGCAUUUUUGAAGUUGACCUCGUUACUGGCGAGGUAUUCGUGCCGCAAGGAAACAAAGACCGACUGGAUUACGAAAAGAAGAACCGCUAUGAGAUCCAGAUAACGGUCAAGGAUCGCUGCGACACUGGAAACUGUUACGGGGACAGUUUAAGUGCGAUGACAAGAAUUACAAUCGAGUUGGAAGACGUGAACGACAAUGCGCCUGUAAUUCAAAACGGAGACAGCCAAUUUGAAGCACUAUCUGAAGACGUCGGCCAGGGCUUCCCUGUCGGCUACGUGAGGGCUGAAGAUGCGGAUGUGACUGACGACAAGAAACUGAGAUACACGUUCAUAGUCGCGGAACCAGAAGAGGGUCUCGAGCUCUUCGCUAUUAAGGACGAUGUAGACACGAACAGAGGGGUAAUUACUGUCGCAAAGGAUUUAACCGAUAAGUGGGGAGAAUAUCGUCUGACAGUGAUGGUUCGAGACAGUGGCAAUUUAUACGAUACUUCUGUUUUUACUAUUAUUGUAAAUGACAUCAACAAUAAUCAACCUGUGUUUGAAUUUCCUAAUGCCGCCACGGAGAUUAGGCUCAAUAUUGAGGGCAAUAAAUUAGGCACGGUCUUGACUGAUGUGAACAAAAGGAAGAUGGUUUUCAGUGCCACAGAUCCCAAAGACAAGGGAUAUAACGGAACGGAUGGAAUUUCUUACGCCGUCAUAGGACAAGACGUUGCGUUGCAGUACCUCACGAUGUCAAAUGACGAAUUGUGGCUCGUUAAAGAGUUUACUGAGGACAUGGAAAGGAGAUUUGAGCUGACAGUAGAAGCAUGUGAUGGCGAGGAGGUGAAACAGUGUACAAGAAUACAGACUCAUGUAAGGCUGAAGUUAACAACAGAAUACGAACCGACGUUCGCUCAGUCUGAAUGGGAAACCUCAUUCACAGAAAAUGUGACAGGAUUGCAAGAAAAGAACAGAAUUGAUGUCGAGGUCACGGAUCCAAACAACGAUGAAGACUGUGAAGAAGAAGAAGAAUGCGUUGACGAUCUUUAUUUUUAUUUCAUAAUUGCUGGAAAUGACGAUAAUUAUUUCAGUCUGGAGAGUACCACUGGAGUUCUCUCACUGAAUAAGCAGCUGGACCGAGAAGCUGUGGAGGUCUACACACUCACUGUUGUUGUCACUAACUUCCCGGAUGGACCGCAGGGUCAGCUGCAACAAAAAAGCCAACUAAAGGUCACCGUACAUGUCACUGAUGUAAUUGACACGCAACCAGCCUUCACGAAGCCAUUCUAUGCAGCUGGCAUUAAUACUGGAGAUAAAGUGAACGAUAUUGUUACAAUUUUCAGUGUAACUGAUGAUGAUUUAGAUGAUAGCCAUACAUACACUAUCGUUGAGAGUACGAUGGAUGUCACCGACAGCUCGCUUGAUUACCUGAAAGAUAAAACUCCUUUCAGUAUAAAGGGAGACACGUUGGUACUGAAUUUUGAUGUUCAAGACAGUUCUCUGAAAGGCCUCUUCAAGUUCAACGUUGAAGUUUCAGACAAAGAAAAUUACAAAGGCGAAGCUUCAUGCGAAAUAUAUAUUAUAUCGCAAGACAACCACUACGUUACAAUGCGAUUCCAGAACAACGCGACCUACACUGAAUCCGUGAGAUUGAAGAUAGCCAACAUAUUCACAGAUGUCUUCAAGAAUGAAGCAAAUGUCAAGAAGAUAGCCCCAACAGUGGACUCAGAAGGUCUUCCAAUUAGUGAUAAAACGGAUGUAACAUCAUAUUUCGUAGAUGAAGAAAUUCAACAACCGAUUAACAAGAACGAAAUAAUAAGGAAACUUACGGACAAACAAACAUAUAUCGCUCUGCGGGACGCCCUGAUGGACGAGAAGCUGGUGUUGGAAUCGAUCGACGACCCAGUGACUGAAACCGUUGCUAAUAUGGAAGGUGUCCUGCAGACGGUUCUAAUUGUAGUGUCAGUGGUUCUGGGGUCGCUAGUUGUCAUUCUGUUUGCAGCGUUCUUUAUCAGAACCAGAAGCUUGAACCGUCGCCUGGAAGCGCUGUCCACGACGAAGUUCGGAUCUCAAGACUCGGGCCUCAAUCGAAUUGGCUUGGCAGUGCCGAACACAAACCAACAUGCAGUAGAGGGCUCCAAUCCCGUGUGGGGCAACGAGGAAGCUACUGCUCCCGACUUCGACGUCAUGAGCCAAAGCAGUGGGGAUUCAGACUUGAUUGGCAUCGAAGAGAACCCCGAAUUCAGCCCAUAUGCAAGGAAUGGUGUACAAAAUGGCGGCUUUACCCCUGAGAUGGGAAGCGGAAUACAAGCCAGUGUAAAUGUCACAGUAGCGACCGGAUUUGAGCGGAGGGCCAGUAUCAAUCCACUGUCAGCCGGUGCUCUGCAAGACGCCAUAGCGGGAAACACUAUGAGAAAACAAAGCGUGAAUCCCAUGGCGGUAACGUUCAACGGCAACGAUUCGGAUUACGAAAACGACAGUAGAAGAUCCAGCGAUAAGAGCAUGCAAUACAAUAACAAUUUCACAUUUUUUCAGAGGUCGGAUUCCGCACAAGCAACGGAACUAUAGAGGCGUCCAUGGCUUCACCGCACACACUGAACCUGCAGAACAAUUUUGUGUACACAAUGACUUAUUGUUAUAUUUCCCUUACAGUGCCAAAAUCGAUUAGGUAGACGGUAAGGCAUUGCGGUACCAGCAUCGGUAUUAUUCAUAUUGAACCCAUAAUCCACUUGUAAUUGACACACGCAACUGGUCAGUGGCGAUAUAGGCCGAAAUAUGCAGUAAUGUUCUGAGAUAUUAAGAGUAACAAUGUUGGAAAUAACAAAUGCCCUUACCGAGAUAACAGUAACAGAUAUACCUGCAAAACCCUCAAAUAUUCUGUGGCUUUCCUUGGUUAUUUAAGGUAUCUGAAAAUUGGCGAUAAAUAAUUAAUAACUCGCUGCAUGAGACAGAGGGUGACAGUUCGUAAUUAUCCCCUCUUUACCACUUUUGUAAAGGAAGUGUUUGAAAUCAAAAUUGUAGCCGCAGUACAAUCGAAGAUGGCUAAUAAUGUGUUUGACUAUGUAAGAACAUGAAAACAGAAAUAUGAUUUUUAUUCACAGAAAUAAAAUUUAUUAAAUAUAUUUUUACAUAGAAUAUAUAAUAUACUACAAAUAAACUACAAAUGACUAUAAAAUCGAUAGCGUUUCUAGACCCACUUUCAACAUUUGAGUAUGAUACAAUAAUAUUAAAACAAAUUGAAACUCUGCCUUCCUGAUAAAUAUAACUGAAAAAAAAACUUGCUGAAGGCCUAAAACAAAUUCAUGCAGUUAGUAUUUAAUCUAAAAUCAAGUUCUCUGUUCUUUUAUGGAAGGAAUAUUAUAGUGAAAACCAAUAUUACGGUUAUUAAGUAUUACCUUACGUCACAUUAAUUCUGCUAUUUUUAUAAAUGUAUCGCAAGAUAGUUUAAUAUUCCUAUCGUAACUCAGUUCAGUUCAUUUGUUAGAAUGCUUGCAGUGGUCUGUUAAAGGCGAACACUUAAAAAUAAAUAAUGUAACAAAUUGAAGAAACAAAACAAACAAAAUGAAAAUCACAAUGUAAUGCCCUGGUGGCGCAGGGGGGGCGUGAAGGUAUCCCUCCCUGCCACCGCUGUAAUGCCGUCGGGCAGGGGGGCGUGGAGUCAGCCUCCUCUGCUACCACCGUAACGCUGCAAGUAGGGGGGCGUGGAGUUAUCCCUCCUUGCCU